AUGGAGUACCCUCCCCCACUCCUUGAAAUGGGAUACCCACCACCAUACGCGGCGUUUGGGUCCCUGCCCGAGGUGAUCACGUACGCCUACAGCAUCCCCUUCCAUGACCAUUUUGCCUACUUCAGCACCGAGGGACCACCUGCCAUCGGGGCCGAACGAGAGAUGUACCGAUGGGUCUCCACGCAACUCCAGUCCCUCGAAAUGACGGUUGACUUUCACGUCCGAAGCCUCAGCAACUUUCCCUCCCCCGCCGACAUGGAGUUUCCAGAUCUAUCGACCAUAUACCACUGGUCAAAGGAUCUUACUGAGCUCAAUAAAGGAGUCCAGGCAGUCAAGAACGCCAUGCUCAAAGACCGGCGCCGUCUGAAAACGUUCCAAGCCAGCAUUAUCGAUCUCGAAAAGGAAGUCGUCCAAAUGGAGUCUGCCGCUGCCACGGGGCGCGAGGACGUCGUUUCGGGUGUCUCUAACGGGACGGAGGGGCCUGAGGAUCUCAUUGGAGCUGCGCGGACGCGCCCCGCGUCCGCCGAGGCGACCGCGAGCGACCUCCCCCACAAGAAACUGGAACUGGCCACGUGGAGGCUGGUCCACAAGCUGUGUACCAACCGCACUAAUUGUAUCAACGACCUGGCGUAUUGCCGUCAAGAGAUUAUCCAGCGGACCCUUCCCAAGAUCGAAAAACUUGUGCUUUACCGCCGCAACCUCAACCUCCAGAACGACCUCCAGAACGGUCUGCCGGGCGACAAGAAAGACAAAACGAAGGCCAAGGCGUGA